GAUCCAUGGAGAACUUAUUGAACUUCAAGAUGUCCUUUGGGAGAGAUAUGGAGCUGGAGCACUUUGAUGAGCGUGACAAGGCGCAGCGCUAUGGCAGAGGGUCCCGGGUGAAUGGUUUGCCCAGCCCUACCCACAGUGCCCACUGCAGCUUCUACCGAACCCGUACUCUACAGACCCUCAGUUCCGAGAAAAAAGCUAAGAAAGUCCGUUUCUAUCGUAACGGAGACCGGUAUUUCAAAGGAAUUGUAUAUGCUAUCUCCCCUGACCGGUUUAGAUCCUUUGAGGCUCUGCUGGCUGAUCUGACCCGAACUCUGUCUGAUAAUGUGAAUCUGCCCCAGGGGGUGAGAACGAUCUACACAAUCGAUGGCACCAAGAAGAUCACUUCCUUGGACCAGCUAGUAGAAGGGGAAAGCUAUGUAUGUGGUUCAAUAGAGCCCUUCAAGAAACUGGAGUACACGAAGAAUGUAAACCCAAACUGGUCAGUGAAUGUUAAGACAACUUCUACUUCCCGUUCAGUGCCGUCUCUCGCCACUGCCAAAGGAGGUACUCCAGAUGCGAAGGAGAAUAAGGAUUUCAUUAGGCCUAAGCUAGUCACUAUCAUCAGGAGUGGAGUGAAACCACGUAAAGCAGUCCGGAUUCUGCUUAACAAGAAGACAGCACAUUCGUUUGAACAGGUUCUUACUGAUAUAACAGAUGCCAUCAAGCUGGAUUCUGGGGUGGUUAAACGCUUGUACACACUAGAUGGAAAACAGGUGAUUGCUGGUCGUCUCUCCCAGCAUACACUAGGAACUGCUCUCAAAAAUCUUACAGAGGAAGAAGAGGAACGACUGAAAGUCAUGCUGUACCACGCAGGAAGCAUGGACAUAAAGAUCGGCGUGAGGGUGGAUAACCAGAGCUCUGUGAAGGAGCGUGUGGAAGGAGGUGGAGGGGACAACAUAAACUGGUCAUGGAUGGCACUAGUGGAGUGGAACGGUGGGGUGCGGGAAGCGGUGCAGAGCUACUGA